UCAUGGUGGAAAAAUAAAAAACAGAUCUCACAGGAGACCUCAUGUUAUGAACAGUCGCUAUUAGAAGAAUGGUUAAUUUAUGUUUAUUUGUUACAUCGUCUACAAAAUUAUUAAACAAUUAUGGAUUGGCAAGAUAUUACUUAACGAGUAUUAAAAGAGGAUAUAGCGUUUUUCCAUCCAAUUAUAUUAGACCGGUAUAUAGUAAAGAAGAACAAGAAACUCUAUUUCAAAGCGAUGAAGCAAAGAAGAUUCUACAUGAGCAAGUGAAACCAGCAUUAGCCACUGACACAUGCUCCGAAUUUUAUGAUAAAAGAGUGCUAAAAUUUAUUAAUACCCUUAUGAAGAAUGGAAAUAAGAAAUUAGCAACAGCGUUGGUAAUGAAAACUUUUGAAGGUGUCAAAAGAAUACAGCUGGAGCGUUAUCACAAAGCAACGACGAGUGAAGCAAAAGCCGAAAUUGAAUUGGAUCCAUUUGUGAUUUUUCACCGUGCUGUCGAUAAUUGUAUACCAAUUUUACAAUUAACAGGUUGUUCAAAAGGAGGAAUCACAUAUCAGAUUCCUAUUCCAAUUACACCUUUAAAAGCACAGCAUAAAUCUAUGUUAUGGUUAAUUCAAGCUGCAAACGAAAAAGACUCCAAUUUGAGAUUUUAUGAUGUAUUAGCCAAGGAAUUAAUAGCAGCUUCUCAAAAUCAGGGUCGUGCGGUUAAAUGGAAGCAAGAAUUACACAAGAAAUGCCAAGCUAAUCGGGCUUAUGCGCACUUCAGAUGGAUAUAGAUAAUAAUAAAUUUAAUCACUCGCAUAAACUAGUAUACAUUAAGAUUCGAACACAAUGAAAAAAAUAAGAAACAAGAAAUAACAAAUUUUAAUCUGUCAGAGACCUAUAUUCUGGUUUCUGGUUAAAAUUUGUUAUCGUUUGCUCCUUAUUCCUUUUAUUGUUUCUGAACAUCAAAUGCAGUAAGAUAAUAUAUGGUCAAUUUUACCAUUUAAAAUUAGCUUGAUUGGUCUAUUAAGUGUUAAUUGCGACUUGUUAAUUCUAUUUAACAAUAAAUAUUCUAACUGAUUAGAGAUGAUGAAACCAUAAUCAACUUUCAACGACAAAAUAAUAUAUUUUGUUAAAUAAGUGACAAUAUCAUU